AUGAACUCCGCGACUCCGCAACUUCAGUGUUUGGCGCUCCUCCAAUUUGCCAAUUUGCCCCUGCUCGACGCCUUUCGGGGACUGCCUUCACGAUCUUCCCACACCCUGAUCAAGGACUGUGCGCGACAGGAGCCUUCAACCAUGGCGCCGAGCCACCUCCUCCGGGCGACAAUGCCUCUCCGCUCAAUUGCAUCGCCGAUGAGCCUGACGCGAUCAAUGAUUGUUCCUUCAACCUUUUUUUUGACUCAGACCAUUCGAUACAACUCGACAACAACUACCAAAGUGACGCCUGAACACAUCACCACACCCCCCACCUCCAACACCACAUCGAUUCCGACUCUCCCAAAAUCCCAAACCCUCAAGCCGCCCACUCUGCUCCGUGAUUAUGCCUCCUCGAUCAAGACCGGAACCGUCGUCUCCGUCGGCCGCAUGGACCGCACCGUCACCGUAGUCUACCGCUCUAACGAGUGGGACAAGCACAUCCGGAAAUACUACCAGAAGGAAAACAAGAAGCUGGUAUCGGACCCGCAGAACUCCCUCCGCACCGGCGACGUGAUUGAGUUCUCGUCCGGUGCCCCCAAGAGCCGCCACGUCCACCACGUCGUCGAGCGCAUCAUUACCCCUUUCGCUGUGCCCAUUGAGGAUCGUCCGGCCGUUCUGACGCGCCAGGAGCGCGAGCAGGAGCGCGAAAAGCGCUGGGCUGCAAAGUACGUGCGCAGGGAGUCGAGGCGAUUGGGUGAGGAGAUUGAUCUCCAGGCUAUCGCCCAAGAGGAGGGACUUGUGCAGGAGGGUGAAACACUUUCUACGGCAGCAUUGAUUCACCGGAUUUUCCUAGGACAGGAGCGUAUUGGAAAGGUGAAGAAGCUGGUGCAGGAGCGGACUGCCGAGGUCCAGGUCUAG